UCAGUACUAUAAAUAGUAACCGAUGCUCCAGUCAAACAGGUAAAGUGAAGUGAAAAUGGGGAGGAUUACAAGCAUUGGCGCACUUGUUCUCUUACUGGCAUGCGCAAUUCAUUGCACGGACAACAUUAAAUCCGACAAAGUUAAGCGUUCCGAAGAUGCUUCGGAAGGACUUCAUUCUGAACAAUCCAAGCGUUCACUUCCUGAUGCAGAGCUGCAGCAAGCGUCGAUGAGUAAGCGUGAAACUCAAAGAGAUCCCUCGUUAAAACUGCGUUUUGGACAAGCCAAGCGUUCGCUUACAGAUCUGGAUCAGCCUCAUGAGUCAAUGGAUAAGCGUUAUGCUCAAAGAGAUCCCUCGUUAAAACUACGUUUUGGACAAGCCAAGCGUUCGCUUACAGAUCUGGAUCUUAAUGAUGACAACCAGCCACAUGGGUUGAUGGAUAAGCGUUUUGCUCAGAGAGAUCCAUCGUUAAAACUGCGUUUUGGACAAGCCAAGCGAUCGCUUACAGAUCUGGAUCAGCCCCAUGGGUCAAUGGAUAAACGUUAUGCGCAGAGAGAUCCCUCGUUAAAACUACGUUUUGGACAAGCCAAGCGUUCGCUUACAGAUCUGGAUCUUAACGAUGACAACGAGCCACAUGGAUUGAUGGAUAAGCGUUAUGCUCAGAGAGAUCCCUCGUUAAAACUGCGUUUUGGACAAGCCAAGCGUUCGCUUACAGAUCUGGAUCUUAAUGAUGACAACCAGCCACAUGGGUUGAUGGAUAAGCGUUAUGCUCAGAGAGAUCCAUCGUUAAAACUGCGUUUUGGUCAAGCCAAGCGUUCGCUUACAGAUCUGGAUCUUAACGAUGACAACGAGCCACAUGGGUUGAUGGAUAAGCGUUAUGCUCAGAGAGAUCCUUCGUUAAAACUGCGUUUUGGACAAGCCAAGCGUUCGCUUACAGAUCUGGAUCUUAACGAUGACAACGAGCCACAUGGGUUGAUGGAUAAGCGUUAUGCUCAGAGAGAUCCUUCGUUAAAACUGCGAUUUGGACAAGCCAAGCGUUCGCUUACAGAUUUGGAUUUUGACGAUGAAAACCAGCCACAUGGGUUGAUGGAUAAGCGUUAUGCUCAGAGGGAUCCCACGACCAGGCUGCGAUUUGGACAAGCCAAGCGUUCACUUACAAAUCUGGAUUUUAACGAUGACAACGAGUCACAUGGGUUAAUGGAUAAGCGUUAUGCUCAGAGAGAUCCCUCGUUAAAACUGCGUUUUGGACAAGCCAAGCGUUCGCUUCUUGACCUAGAUUAUCCCGAAGACUACCAGCCGGAUGGGUUCAUCGAGAAACGUAAUGCUGAAGCCAAUCUACCUGAAGAUCAAGUGCCCCCUGGUCGGUACAACUUCGGUCUCGGACGUUAAUGUGAACAGACGACUCAAACUACUGCACUUCACCUGAGUCGUAUUGAAAUUCACUGCAUCUGAAGCUUAUGCGGCGAUUAGAUGCAAUACAUCCAAUCAACUGAGCGACAUGCACCCACACUCUAGUCCACUACCAACGAAUAUAUGAUCUACACAAAAAGUCACAUUUUUUUACAUAAAUAUAUAAAUUUGUAAAAAUAAA